AUGGGUCCCGCCGCCUUCCUGGGGCUCUGCCUGCUGGGGUGCCUCGUGCUGCCCCCCUCCCUGCCGGGGGCUCGGGCCACCCGCUGUCCCCGGGGCUGGCUGUCCUUCCAGGGCCACUGCUACGGCUUCUUCGGGCAGCAGCUGAGCUGGAGGAGGGCUGAGCGCCAGGGCUGGCUCUGGGCUGACGGCUCCCCCCGGCGCUAUUGGGCCUGGGAGGGGGACGAUGGCCCCAAGGGACCCCCGUGCAUCGCCCUGGAGGAUUCGGCAGGGUUCAUGGCCUGGGAGGGCGAGGCCUGCGGGGAGCGCAAACCCUUCGUGUGCAAAUACCCGGCCUAG